AGGUGGCCGCCCGGCUGGCUGGCAGGCAGGCGGAGUCUCUCGCCUUCUCUUUUCCGUUCUUCUCCCUCGUUUGGCCAGAGGUUGCUGGAAGCCGCAGACUAUAAAUAGCCGAGGCUACCCACGAAGUCUUUGCGUGUCACAGACCGGGAAGAAAAGGUUGCCGCUUCUUCGCCUUCACGGGGAGGCAACUAGUUCACCUUGCCUGCUGAAUAGAUCUUGUGCACUUUCAACCAGUUCAUUAGCAUCCCUAUUAUUUUAUACCUCUCCUCUUCAUGAGCAGUCGGAUACGAUACAAUGCUAAGGAAUUGGCUUCACUGGCUAGAAGGCCAUCAUCUUAUUUUGACAAGGAAGGAAACCUGAAGAUAUGCAGAGUGUUCGGGGAUGGUAAAUGUAUAGAGCCAAGAGAGAGCUGGUGUCGUCUGAAAGGGAAUCUGCUCUUUCUAAUGAAAAAUAAGACAAAGAGUUGUGAAGCCUCUGAGUUAGUCAUCCUGGAGCGGUGCUGUAUCGUGGAGUUCAGGAAUAAAGCAGAUGUUUCAGUAGUGCUUAUUUUUAAUGGCUUCAAGAAGUUUUCUCCCAAGACAAGUCCAAGUCCGGAACUGAAAGAAUAUUGUUUCAAGCAAUUCAGUGCAGCAGGAUGGAGUUAUGGCAGGGAGUUUCAGAGUGGAGAACCAGAUCUUUACCUCGAAGCUGCAUCUAGAUCUGACUGUGCAUCCUGGGCAGUGGCACUUGGAAAGGCAAAUUCUGAAGGUCUGCGCAAUAAAAUUCAGCAGCUCCAGAGGCUGAUCAUGGAAAUCAAGGAGGAGAAAACAGCAGAUGAAGUGCAGCAAUUUCUUCUAUCAGCACCGGCAGACAAUCUUGCAGAACCUAAGAUUACAACAGGUCUUAAGAGGAGUGUCAUAGAACCAAAAUUAGAAUUCAGUCUAGCGUGUAAAGAUCUAGUGGCUCCUACCCGUGAUCGAAAGCUGAAUACAUUUGUGCAGAUUACAGUUGUACAUCCAGGGGAGCAAAAUUCAACAAGAUAUGCAAGUACGGAAAUUGUGGAGGGAACAAGAGACCCACUGUUUCUGACUGGCGUGACGUUCCCAUCAGAUUACCCUAUCUGUGAGGAGACCAAAAUAAAACUAACCGUCUAUGAUGUCAAGGAUAAAUCUCAAGACACGGUUCGCACCAGCAUCCUGUCAGAAAACAAAGAUCCAAGGACAGAUAUUGCAAGAAGCUUCCUGGGUUGUGCUACAUUUAAAGUAGGCGAGUUGGUGAAAUCAAAGGAGAAACAAUUGACUCUUAGCCUGAGGAGCUCAGAUGGUGGAAAAACAUUUGGCACAAUCGAUGUCAGUUUUGUGAAGAUGGGGGAAACUGAGGAUGGGGAAGCAGAUCACAGCACAACAGAUGUGCAGGGACAAAAGUGUGCCUUGGUUUAUGAGUGUACAUCUCUGGAAAACGCCAAUAGUAAAGACAAUUUACCUUUAUUUAAUGCAGUGUUAAAAAAUCCGAUCUGUAAGUUCUAUAGAUUCCCCACUUCUGACAACAAGUGGAUGUGUGUACGGGAACAGAUGUCUGAGAGCACUCUUUCUUUUCAUAUUCCCAAGGAACUCAUCAAUUUGCACAUAAAGGAGGAUAUGAGAAGGAAUCAGGAGCUUAAAGAACUCGGGGAACUUGCUCCACAUUGGGAUAAUAUGCGUAAAAGUGUUAUUUCACACUGUGAGCAAAUGUUGACCCUCUACCAAAAUAUGCUUACAGAACUUGGGAAAUAUACAGGCUCUUCCUUCAAAUCGAGUUGCAGUAAAGGGGAAAAGACGCUAGAAUUUGUUCCAAUCAAUCUACAUCUGCAGAGAAUGCAUGUGCACAGUCCUCGGUUAAAAGAUGUUCUUUAUGAUGUCAUUACAGUAGGAGCUCCUGCAGCACAUUUUCAGGGUUUUAAAAAUGGUGGUCUUCAAAAACUAUUGAAUAAAUUUGAGUCAGAAAGGCGAAAUACUGUGUACCAAUGUAUUUACUAUUCACCUGAAAACACAGCCAAGGCAAAAGAAGUUCUCAGUAACAUCAAUCAUCUGCAGCCUCUCAUAUCAAGCCACACAGACGUGCUGCUUAAUUCUGCAAGGCAGCAUUUGCCAGACAGCUUGAAGAAUUCUUUAAAGAUGCUUUCAGAAACGACAGAGUUAUUUGUGCAUGCAUUUAAGGAUCAGCUGAUCAGAAGUGCCCUUUUAGCUCUAUACACAGCUCGUCCGGGUGGCGUCCCGAAAAAAACAACUGUGCCACGGAACAGUGCUGAAGAAAGUGUUGAUCAGCCAAACCAGGAUCAUCCAUCCCAGGUUAAGAGACAAGAUUCUAUACCUCACCAUUCAGAAUAUGAUGAGGAAGAGUGGGAUAGGGUGUGGGCCAAUGUGGGAAAGAGUUUAAAUUGCAUUAUUGCAAUGGUGGACAGAUUACUUGAAAAAGACAAAGACUCCAGCCUCACCAAGGAAGAUGAAAAUGACCCUUCACCAGCAAGACAUGCAGCAUCUCACAUAAGUGGUGACUGGUAUGAACAACUUUAUCCACUGACAGUUACACUGAAGGACUGUAUUGGAGAGGUGGUGACGAGGGCGAAGCAAUCCAUGUCCUUUGUUCUGCUUCAGGAGCUGGCAUGUAGUUUGCCACAAUGUUUAAUGCUGACCCUGAGAAGAGAUAUUGUCUUCAGCCAAGCACUUGCUGGAUUGGUCUGUGGAUUUAUAAUCAAGCUACACUCUAGUUUACGUGAUCAAGGCUUCCUACAGCAGCUUCAUACAGUGGGGAUAAUUGUUCAGUAUGAGGGCCUCCUCAGCACGUAUAGUGAGGAAAUUGGAAUGCUGGAAGACAUGGCUGUAGGGAUAUCAGAUUUACAGAAAGUCCUGUUUAUAAUAACUGAAGCUAAAUCAGAUGAUCUCUUGCCUAUUAUAACUGGAAGACGGGGACAUUAUAUAAUAGAAAUUAAACUUCCAGAAAAAAUGUUUGAGUUGUUGCCACAGGAGAUUAAAGAGGGAAAACUGCUCCAUGUAUAUCCAGUUCUUUUUAAUGUUGGAAUAAAUGAACAGCAAACUCUUGCAGAAAGGUUUGGAGAUACUUCCCUGCAAGAAAGUGUUAACCAGGAGAAUUUGGAACUACUAAAGGAGUAUUAUAGGCUGUUUACAGAAAAAAUGCCCCCGGAUUGCCUACCACAUUUUCAAGAACAGAAUGACUUAAAGGGAUUACUAGAAAAUCUCCAUCAAAAUAUUCAGGCUAAAAAAAGAAAGAAUGUAGAAAUCAUGUGGCUGGCUGCAACGAUUUGCCGCAAGCUAAAUGGAAUCCGGUUUACCUGUUGUAAAAGUGCCAAAGAUAGGACAUCCAUGUCAGUGACACUGGAACAAUGUUCAAUUUUAAGAGAUGAACAUCAACUGCACAAAGACUUCUUUAUCCGAGCACUGGACUGUAUGAGGAGAGAAGGAUGCCGCAUAGAGAAUGUACUGAAGAAUGUCAAAUGCAGAAAGUAUGCUUUCAACAUGAUACAGCUGAUGGCUUUCCCAAAGUACUACCGACCACCAGAGGGAACAUAUGGAAAAGCUGACACCUAAGCUUAGACAAAAUAUAAACAAAAUGUGUGCAGGAGCACACAACUUUGCUCCUUACUUAGCACAAAUUCCUUUGUGUUGCCUCUCAGAUUGGGAGUAUGUAAGAGGGGGAAAAAUACCUAGGACCUGUCUUACCAAACCGUACUGUCAUUCAAAGUAAAAGUAUGGUAGGUUGAGUGUUCUGGCUACCACCACCUUUAAUAAAUAGUAUGAGACUGUAUCUCAUUAACCAGCCUGAUCAUUAUGCAGGUGGAAGACCAAAUCUUGAGUUGGUAGGUGUCACCAUGAACCCACUUCCAUAUCAAGCAGCGCUGAAUUGUCUGAAAUAUUUCAGGCUGGAUUACGGUCAGAGCUAAAGUGAAAGUUGGGCUGCAGUAUGUAAGAUCCAUGAUACAUUUUGAAAAGAAGUGUUAAUCUCGGUGACGGUGCAUCAUUAAAUAUUUGCUGAAAUCUUCUGCUUUCCUGAAUGAUCUUUGCAGCUCCAGUUCCAUGUGUUGCUUUAAAAAAAGCUGGGGUAUUCCUUCACUAAGCUAAGUAGUAUGUUGUGAUUGUCUUGGAAGCAGGAUCUAGAGUCGUACUAGAUGAUCUCUGCAGUGUUAAUGGACCACUUAACAAGGAUGGCCACUGGAGUCUAUAUUCUGGACAAUCUAAAAAAUGGAAUAGAAAAGGAGAUUAGAUCUUGGGUGGUUAGAAUGUUUGCAUUUGAAUGAAAACAGAAUGGUAGCCUACAGAAAUGAAAUAAUCUAGGUAACCUGUAAUGGUUACAGUGUAACCUGUGGUCAUGAUUAACCAUUCUCAUGAAGGACAAAGGAUAAUUUGCCUUGUGACACAGCAACGUUUAAUCAAGAAUCUCAUCAUUUGUGACUGUCAUUGUGGAUCAGAAAUGAGAGCCGUUUUUAAAGACAAAUGUAAAUUUAAGUUCUAGAUUUGAAUUACAGAUGCUGGGAAUUAUAAAUAAAUGAGCACCACAUGUGAAAAUGAAGUUCAUUUUUAUUGUGAUAAGCAAGAAGAUUCAGCCAAAUUGUAUGACUUUAUUAAACUUCUCCAUUCUUUCACUGAGAUCUGAUCAGUGAAAACUGGGGCAGGAAGUUAAGUUGUAUCCAGCUAAAAAAAAAUGUAGGGAAAUUCAGCAAAAUAUAAUUAGCAUAGCCAAAGGUUAGCAGAGGUAAAGAUGAUAAUCCUGUCUGGCAAGUGUCAACAAUUGUGGAAUGUCAUCACACAAACUGAUUUCCUUUUGCCAUUGCAGAUAUUAUUUGAAUCUGUGUUUAUCUAUAAUUUAUGUUGUAUUUAAAUUAUAAAAGAGUUCCAUAUUUAAAAGGGCAGUGAAACCAUAUUAUUGUAAGUAAUUUGUUCAAUGCGCUCAGGAUCAAAACUGUUUUGAGGAUAUGGAUUCUCAGAAUGAAGCUUUCUUUAUACUACCACCAUGUUAAAAUGUAAUCUGGCUUCCCACUUUUGCUAAAAUUUGUGUGAUUAGUCCCAGUUGAUUCAAUAUGUUUCAUACCAUUUGCUUGCUUAAAAUGAACAUGAGUUAAUUAAGAGUGAUGCCAGUUCCUUUUCUCUGUACUACAGUAUCUUAUGCAUUUUGGAACAGAUGUAACAGAGGAGCAAACUAAAGUGUAAAGAAUAGCUACACAUGAAUAUUUUGAAUAUUAAAAAAAGAUCAAAUGCAGUACAUUAUUUAGUACCUGCUAAUUACAUAUAAUUGAAUAGGUAUGGAAGAAUUCACACAUGCAUAUUGUGACUAUAUGCAUAUGUUUCUGAUGUCUACUGCAUUAAAAUAAUAGCUCGGCAUACUGUAAUCAGAAAUAGAAUUUUCUGACUGAAGGCUAUUAAUGAACAAAGUCAUGGAAACUUUUUGUCCCUCUAGAAGCAUGAAUAGCCAGCAGUAUUAAGAGCACAAUCCAGUGGCCUCCCAAUGUUAUCUGGGGCAUAGGAUUACUCAGAGCUGGGGCUGCACAGGCUGAGCUCCACCUCCUUUCUAUAUCCAGUAUGGAAAAAAACUGUGUCAGAUACAGAAAAAAAUGAAGCAUACUACCCUCCUCUCCCUUUUGCUAACAUUGUUACAUUCCAAACAAUGUUGCUGCUUUAAGUAAAUUCAAGGCCAGGCUAAUGGUUUUAAAAGCAUUAUCACUGAACUUUUGGGGGAUUUUUCCAAAGAAGCAUAACAGAUCAUUAAUUUUACCUCUCGAAAAAUAUUGCACUUCAGAAACUUAGUUUCUAAUGCUAUCUUUUAUGGAUAAUUUUGUGACCAGCAGGAAAACUCAUGAACAGAAGACAACUAUCAGGUAUAUUCUUUGGGUAUUAUAGUACUUUCUAAAUUAUGUUCCAGAACAGAAUAUUCCUGACUUGACAUAUACAGUUGGCUUGAAUUUUAAAUUAUUUAAUGCAAUGUAGAGUUUUCGGCAUGCUUGAGACCACUGGUUUGUGCAGUGCUUUGUAGCCUUCAUGGGUGUGUUUUUAUAGCCCUUUGCCUCUUGCUUAUGUAUUGUUUUCCUGACUGUUUAAAAAGCAAAGUAGUGCAUCCAAGUAUGUGUUUCUGAUUGUCUAAACAAUUGGGUACAUUUUCAGUGUCUUUUAAAAGGGAAGAAUAGCACAUUAUAGGUCAUGUGCUGUUGAAAAACUUUGCACAGACUUAGAUUUGUGAGAAAUCGUGUGUGUGUUUUGAGAAGGGAGGUUUUUCUCUGCUUGUUUCUUGAAUCUUAUGACCCAUGUCCCAUUAUUCAUUAAGUGCUAUCAAACUCUCAGUCAUGAUUACUUUUCUUUGUCUGCAAACGUGGUCAUAUAAUUUUGAAAACUACUUUGGAAGAAGUUAUGCCAAAAGGUGAUGUUUGAAAAAUCCUUCAAGGAGACUGGCAUGUGUGAUCAAAUGCUUCAAGGAAAAGUUUUUUCAUACUGUGUCCUGGAACCCAGAGUUCAGUAAACUGGUCUAGUUCCACAGUCCCAAGUAGGAUGUGAAAUUAUUUUUCUUGAACUCCAUCACAUAUAAUAAAUCAAAUUAUUUUUGAAGCUAAAGGAACUUUGAAAAGCAGUUUAUGAUAUGCUAUGGCAGGUAGGGUGGCCUGGUGCCCUGCUUUACUAAGGACAGUCCUCUCUUUGAAGAGUUGUCAGAGGAUGGCCCUCUAUUUCAAGGUGUUUGCUGUUUGAAGAACUGUGCAGUGGAAGCCCACUUUAAGGAUAACUUCAAGUAUGGGCUUCGUCUUGAAGUUGCCCACCAACAGUGGGCAUCUUGUACUGCAAACUGAGCAGGUACACAGGUCACCUGGUCUUCCCCACUGUGAUGAGAUGUACUGUAUUUCUAUGGAAAUUAUAGGUAUUACAUCUAAAUGUGUGUCCAUGCAUAGAAGUUAGCACGUGUAAUUCUUGUGCAGAUCAGUGUCCUCUGUCUGUUUAUCCUUUUUUGCAAUUCAUAAGUGUCCACUUACACUGAUGUCAGAUUGUAUAUUGUGGGAAGAAAGGGAGAGAAUCCUUGUGCAAGAGGGAAGGUUUAAUGCCGGCCAAGGAAGAGAGCCUUCAUGUAGGGCCAAAAUUGUUCUCUGGAAUGUGACCCAGACAGGCAUGCAUUUGUGAAGGACCACUGCCGCACAAGCCCCAUUCAUGUCAACAAAGAUAGUGCGAGACUAAUGAUCAGUACUGUUAUCUUUAGGGCUUUAAAGAAUAAAUUACUGUGGUGAAGCAUUAUGGGUAAAUUCAGAAGAAUGCAUGCUUUAAAUGGGUUGGGAAACAAGCUGAUCUCCUUUUGAACUGAAUUAGAUGACAGAUUCUGAUUUUCUUGCUUGAUGCAUGCAUUGACGCUUACUAUUAUUUUACCAUUUUGUCUAUUGGUUUAGGAACCACAAGUAUUGCUGUGUGUAAGCCAUUUCCAUUGUACAUUGUGUGUGUUGUGUGUGCAUGUAUUUUUAUUUAAAUAAAUGUGUCUUAUUUUUCAU